AUGCCGUUCAAUACAACUCACGAAACUGAUCCCUGGAAUUCUUUUCUAAAUACCCCUCUUCAGGAUGAUGAUCCUGAAAUUUAUGAACUGAUACAAAAAGAGAAGCAUCGCCAAUUCUCGGGGUUAGAAUUGAUUGCGUCAGAGAAUUUCACUUCGUUUGCUGUAAUGGAAGCGAAUGGCUCGCCAUUGACUAAUAAAUAUUCUGAGGGUCUGCCAGGCGCUCGCUACUACGGCGGCAACGAAUACAUUGAUCAAAUAGAAAAUCUUUGUCGUGUACGCGCGUUAAAAGCAUUCCGUCUGAAUCCUGUGGACUGGGGUGUUAAUGUACAACCUUAUUCAGGCAGCACUGCAAACUUUGCCGCGUUCACAGCAUUGAUUCAACCACAUGAUCGACUCAUGGGUUUGGAUUUACCUUCCGGUGGUCACUUAACACACGGUUGGCAAACGGCAAAAAAGAAAGUCUCAUCCUCAUCAAUCUAUUUUGAGUCGAUGCCAUACCAAGUUGACCCGAGCACUGGAAUAAUUGAUUACGAUCGUUUAGAACAGACCUCGUUACUAUUUAAACCGAAACUGUUGAUAUGUGGAGCUAGCGCGUAUCCUCGUGAUUGGGACUACGCGAGAUUGAGAAAAAUUGCCGAUUUGCAUGGCGCAUAUUUGCUGGCUGAUAUCGCACAUAUUGGUGGAUUGAUUGCCGGGCAAGAAGCCAAUAAUCCAUUUGAAGUGUGUGAUGUUGUGACUACUACAACACACAAAACAUUACGAGGACCCCGUGCUGGCCUAAUCUUUUUCCGAAAGACUAAAGAAGAUCUAGAGACUCGAGUAAAUAAUGCAGUAUUUCCUUCAUGUCAAGGUGGACCACAUAAUAAUACUAUUGCGGGGGUGGCAGUUGCAUUGAAACAGGCUGCGUCCCCUGAAUUUCAGGGAUACGCAAAACAAGUUCGUGUGAAUGCAGUUGCGUUAGCUGAUGCGUUGAAUGGAUAUGGAUAUAAGUUGAUGACUGGUGGCACUGAAAAUCAUUUGAUACUUUGGGAUUUGAGACCGUUGCAUUUGACUGGCAGUAAACUGGAAAAAAUAUGUGAUAUGGCAAAUAUCACUAUAAAUAAGAAUUCGAUACAUGGCGAUUCAAGCAUGUUUUCGCCUGGCGGUGUCCGAGUAGGUACAUCUGCAUUGACGUCUAGAAGUUUCAAGGAACAAGAUUUCGUCAAAGUUGCCGAAUUUUUGCACCGUGCCGUUCAAAUUGCAGUAUCAAUACAGGAUAAAGCUGCCAGUAAAUUGAUGAAAGAUUUUGUGGUGGCGUGUCAAGAUAACGAUGAAAUAUCCACUUUGAAAAAUGAGGUAGAAACUUUCGCCACUAGUUUCCCGAUGCCAGGAUUCGACCCUACUUCUCUUAUUCCAGAAGAACCUCAUGAUCAAUAA